AUGUGCACCAACAUAGUUUACGAGUGGCUGAAGGCGCUGCAGCUCCCGCAGUACGCGGAGUCCUUCGUGGAUAACGGCUACGAUGACCUGGAGGUGUGCAAGCAGAUCGGGGACCCGGACCUGGACGCCAUCGGGGUGCUGGCGCCCGCGCACCGUCGCCGCAUCCUGGAGGCCGUGCGCCGGCUGCGGGAGCGGGACGCCGCCGCCGCCGGCCUCUAUUUCACGCUGGAGCCGCAGCCGCCGCCCGCGCCACCCGGGCCGCCCGCGGUCGCGGUCGCCGUCGCCACCCGCCGCCGGGGGGAGCCUUGCGGCGGCCCGGCCCAGGGCCCCCGCGGGGACCCCCGCAGCCAGACGACCGCCCCUCGCGGCAGGGAGCUGGUGAGCUACCCGAAACUGAAGCUGAAGAUCAUGAUCAGGGAUAAGCUCGUCCGCGACGGCAUCCACCUGAGCAAGCCCCCGUACUCCCGCAAGGUCCCAAUGGCUGGCAUCCUAGAGUUCUUAAUGAAUUGGCCGAAGUCAUCACAGAACCGCUAG